AUGGAGACGGGUGCAAGCACUGUUCAAGAUAAUAAUGAGAAGAAUUUUUAUGAAAAUGUAGAUAAAUAUAUUAAUUCAUUGAGUAAAAAAUUUCGUGAUAAAAGUGUUAUUAAACAGCAAGUUUAUAACGACAUUUUGAAAUGUUUGCUAUUACCGAAAGGUACAUCCAGUGAUCCAUAUUCAUCAGCAUUUGUUUAUUGGUCGAAACAGAAAUUUCUCUUGAUUAAAGUAGCUGGUAUUGAUAUUGUUGUUUGUGCAAAAUUAAAAAAGCCAGUUUGUGUUUAUGAAGCAUUUUACAAUGUUAUAAAUGAAGCACAUACUAAUGUUUCACAUGGUGGUCGCGAGAAGACCAGUUCUGAGUUAAAUUCUCAAUAUUCUUGGAUUCCUCGGUUUUGUAUUGAAAUAUUCUUGAAACAAUGUAUUCCAUGUCAAACAAGGAAACCAAUUAAACAACAUGUCGCAUCAAAACCAAUUAUUUCAUUAGGUGUAAUGACACGUCUUCAAAUCGAUCUCAUCGAUAUGAGAACACGGCCUGAUAAAAUAUCAUCUGAUCUUGUUUACUGUUGGAUUUUAAAUUGUAUCGAUCAUUUUAGUAAAUUUUCGUGGGCAUUUCCAUUGAAAACCAAAUCUGCUGAUGAAGUUGCUACUAGAUUACGUGAAUUAUUUUUUGUAUUUGGACCGCCACGAUUACUUCAUAGUGAUAAUGGUCGUGAAUUUGUAUCAAGUGUUAUUACGGAAUUAAAAGUUCUUUUUCGAGAUUUAUGUUUUAUUCGCGGUAGGCCGAGGCAUCCACAAAGCCAAGGAUGCAUCGAACGUGCAAAUGGAGUUUUGUGUGAUGCUCUCGGCAAAUGGAUGUGUACUAACAAUUCAUCCAAUUGGUCUUAUGGUUUAUUACCUGUGGUCUAUGGUUUAAAUACUCGAAAGUCUACUGUCACCAAAGCAACACCUUAUGAAGUAAUGUUCGGGCAGCAACCUCGUUCUGAUUCGGAUUUUUGGAAGUUAGUACAUCAAAGUGGUAUCGAUGAUGAAGAGGAUUUGCCAACUCCUAUCGAUGAAUUAAAUGAUGAUUUAAUUGAAGAUAGAGAUGAUAAUCCAAUUAAUUUAGAUGAAGUAGUCGAUACUGAUAUUGUUGAUCUUGUUCGUCAAUUAUCUGAUAAUGUUUCUUCAAUUUCAUUAAUUAAUGCACCAGCAGCAUCUUCAACUAAAACAACAACAUCAACAAAACAUUCCACGAUUCGUAAAGCUGCUACAGAUCAUUAUUUAGCAACUGCUAAUAAAAAAAUGAAAUUACAUCAAGAUAGCAUUAAACUCGUUGCAAAUAAUUUUGAUUUGAAUGAUUGUGUUGGUAUUGAAAUUCAUUCAGCUGAUCGAACAAAUACGGAUCCAAAGUACUUGCCUUGUAUUAUUAGUGAAAAAUUUGAAAAAAAUAAUAUCUUCUUAUUUAAAUUAAUUUGUCAAUAUGGAAUUUUGGAUCAUACAUUUGAAGCUGGACAAUUUGUGAAUUUGAAAGAAGCCUGCCCCAAUGAAUUAAAAAAUUUAGAUAUUAGUAAUCUUAAACCAAUCACCAUUAUUGCAGCUACAAAACUAUAUUCUCGUGGUUCGACAACUGGACAGACUUGCAAUUGUCGAGGCAAAUGCGCAACGAAAAUAUGCCCAUGCAAAAGAGAAAAUGUUUUUUGCUCUACAAAAUGCCAUUCAAAGAGGGGUGGCUGUUCAAACAUGGAUUAA